UUCUCGGAGAGGUAGGGCUUUCUGUGGGCGCCGUGCGGCUAUGCCCUGCCAUCCCUCUGCUGCUGCUGCCACUGCCGCUUCUGGACGGCCAUAACAUCGAGAUAGCAAGCCUGAGCAGACUGAAGCAGGCAGCAGACAGUGAGCGGAAGGCCAGGCUCGGGGGCUGAAUGGGUCCGUCCUAGGCAGCCUUGAAGAGCGAUCCGAAGGUACAACGAUCUCUUCCUUUUCGAGUGGGAUUGAUUCCUCCUCAAUCACCGUCCAACCGAGUGAAGGCUCUGUUUGCAAGGUCCUGCCAUUCGGCCAACUAGAGUCUGGACCAUACAGAUCACUCUGAUCUGUUUGAUUUGUUCUAACCCACCAUCUGAAAAAACCACCACCUUUCUCAGCGUGUGAGUGAACGGCCAGUCAGGCCAAAUCAAGUAGCUGCAAUUCCCACUCGUUGGUUAUCUGAAAGUACGUGCACGAAGCGAAUCGGAAAUCCCCCUUUUUGAGCAAUAUAUUGCACACUUUUUAAAGGAAAGAAUUAGUGAAUGUGAGAAUGCAAAUGAUACCUGCUGCUAUUGAAGCGAUGUGGGCCAUGUGAUGUGCAAUUGCUUAUCACGCUGCUGCUGAUGCUACUCUAUGAGGUGGCGUGCGCGCUAAGAUGCGAUGAUGAGGUCGGUUUUAGAGUACCGCGUUGCGCUAUGGUCGAGUUUCUUCUGCGGUUGUUGAAUAUAUGUGCAAGCACAGAUAGUGCAUAGUAUUGAAAAGUGGACGACUGGUAAAUGAACUAACUGCGCGCCGGACUGGGACUGACCGCGUAAGAAGACAACAAAGCUGAGCACCGCCGCCAUUAUCUUGAUCGCGAUUUGAGGGCCCGCGCGGGCCCCGGGGGCUAUGGAGCUCUCGCGUUGCCGCAUCCGCCGCGCGGGCAGCAACGCCCUCAAAAACUGUUUCUACUGUACGGUGGGGCUUAUAUGGGCGGAUGGGGACUGCGUUUUCAUCACGCCGCUACAGCCGCCCAAAAAUGCGGUUGUACCUCAUGGAGGCCAUGGAGGCCAUGGAGGCCACGGACAAGUGCAUUUUUGUAGACAUCAGGUGCUCGGACUCUUUCGAAUCGUGCACGGACUUUGCUACUCCAGCCCUAAAAAGUGGCCUCCAUACAUCUCGGUUUUGGCUGAACGCGUAGAUGAUGGCUCCCUGGAAUUAUCCAUUUGGCGGAUGAAUGGCACGGUGGGAGGAACGCUUUCUUUUUCGAAAUGGUGCGUGCUGGCACUACCUCAAUUACCAGUCCUUCAGGGAUAUCUAUGGCACCCAGAAAGGGACGUAUUUUGUCUUGUCUUUAAGGAUUCCGCGCGAAUCUACGUAAUUAACGAGGAAAGUAGCGAACUGCAGGAGGUGAAGACUAUUACGCCGUUCGCUGGCUCACGAUUUGUCUGUGGCACCUGGAGCAAGAACGGGAAGAGACUCAUUCUCGCCACGGAGUCCACACUCGUGUUCUACAAUAUCCCGUGCGCGGACAUGGAACAGGCGGAAAUGGAGGUUAUCCUGGGUCUGGAGCGGGUGUGUUGUAUCGAAAGUAUGGAGGGUGAACGUUUUGUGUGCACCGUCGAGCUACCAAUGGAACAAGUGGUUGUACGCAGUCGCUCUGAGCGUUGUUUACUUGAACAGCAGCAACAGGCCCACUCGAGGGGUGGUUUGGACGCAAUUCUUAGCAUACAUUCUGACGGAGGAAUUGAAGGUGGCUCUCAGCUAUUUUUACUCCAGUGGAAUCCCGAGACGGAUAAACCUGAAGUACGCAGUUGGGACGAAUUAUUUGGUAUACUAUCUCCGGACCUAUUAGCAGUUGAGCCUUCUACGGGGCUUAUCGUAGUUGGAUCCAAUUUAUCGCACACACUUUAUGUCUAUGGUGUGGCCGACGAACAGCUUGAGAAGCUGCACGAUAUUAACCUGCCACGUGAAGAACGACCAAAGGGCGUUACGAUACACAACCAGGAGGCGCUGUUGAUGAUCGCCAAAGGGGUAGUGCCGGACGAUCGACUUCCGCUAAAUCCGUUACCCCGCCCGGAGUUCAUAGAGUACGAAGUACUUUUGCAGUCGAUCCCAUUGUCGACGGGCUCUUCGUCCGCAGCUCCGUCCGCCUGCACCCUUCGUACUCUGCUUGGCCAGCACGCUAAAAGUUCUGUAUCGCUAGAUUCGACGAUCUCAGAUGGAGGGCCCGGCGUGCGGGCCAGAGCGGCAUCAACGGCCAGCUCGAGUCACAUGCUCAACAGGGCCCACCACGUAGACGGUGUGCUCCCGUUGGGAAGUGACUCGCAGCCGUCGUCCACGAUGACUUGGCCCCGCGGUCUGCUCGGUGAUCUCAAGACGCAUCUUCAACAGACGAGCGGUCCGCCACCUCAACGGCCCAUGAGCGCCCACGCCAACCAUCACCACCACCAGGGACCGGCUGCUCAUUCUUCGCACUUAGGUGCCCAGUCCGAGGGACAUCUGGCGGCAUCCGCGCCACAAGGAGGCAAACUUCUGGAUGACCUGAACAGUCUGCUGCACUUUCACGACGGAGUGCGUGACUCGAACCACGUGACAAAUGACAUGAUGGAUCUGCAGUCGCUCUUAUCUGGCGCGGGGAUCUCGUCGGAUGCCCUUGGAGCUGUUGGAGAUGACCCCGAUUAUCGGAAGCUGGCCGGCUUCCAUGAAGAGUUAUUCAAACGAGGAUCCCCCGGACAUGAUCUGGGGACGGUGGGAGCGGAUGUGCGAAGGAACAUGGACCGAGGGAGCCACACACUUCCUCGGGAGCACGGUCGGGAUCGAGAGAAUCACCAGAGGUCGGACCCGUACCCCGGAGACAAUGGAAUCUCCGCCAAUAAUGCAUCCAACUUCAACGCUAUCUCUGCCCGACUGGUCUCCCUAGAGGACUCCCUAACUGGGCUGACACGCACACAGGCGCGCGAGCUGCAGGAAAUUAAGAACGAGCUAUCAGCAAUUCGCCGCCUGCUCAUCUCAGUGCUGUUCCACGUGCUGCCGGGAGAGGCGAGAUCGGACGCCGUGUCUAAGUACACGUAACACUGCUGUAAUUCAACCUAUA